CGGGGAUGGAACGGGAGCGGCCGUGUGUCAGAGGCCCUGUACUGAUCACAUGUCAUGGAGAUCCUCCGCUAUCUCACAGGGCAGAACCUUGCCUCCUGGCCUUUCCAUGCACCGCCCCCAUCUAGCGCUCCGUUACCUCCCCAGGACCUCUGCCCAGCUCCGCUCUGUGGGGCAUAAAUUUCCUCACCUUCGCUGCGUCCAUCCAGUCCGAAGGCUGCAGAGCAGGCAGACCAGGCGGGAGCUGGUGCCCAAGGCAAGCGGAGACCUUGUUUGCAGUGUGGGAGGAUGUGGCUGUACCUGGCCGCCCUGCUGGGGCUGUAUUUCCUGUGCCGAUGGUACCGGGAGCGGCAGAUUGUGGAGAACCUCCGAGAGAAAUACGUCCUGAUCACUGGCUGCGACUCCGGCUUCGGGAACCUGCUGGCCAAGCAGCUGGACGUGCGGGGCCUGCGGGUGCUGGCGGCUUGUCUCACCCAGCAUGGCGCGGAGCAGCUGAGGAAGGCGACGUCGGAGCGGCUGCAGACAGUGAUCCUGGACGUCACCCGCACCGACAGCAUCGCCGCGGCCACCGCCUGGGUGAAGGAACGAGUGGGGGACAAAGGGCUCUGGGGCCUGGUGAACAACGCGGGGGUUGCCCUCCCCCUGGUCCCCAACGAGUGGCUGACCAAGGACGACUUCAUCAGGGUGCUGGAUGUGAACCUGAUCGGCCUGAUCGAGGUGACCCUCAGCUUCCUGCCCCUGGUGAAGCGAGCCAGGGGCCGGGUCGUCAACAUGGCCAGUAUCCUGGGCCGGUUGGCUUUCUAUGGAGGGGGCUACUGCCCAUCUAAGUACGGCGUGGAGGCGUUCUCUGACAGCCUCAGGCGUGAGCUCCGGCCCUUUGGCAUGAAGAUCGCCAUCGUGGAGCCGGGCUAUUUCCGCACGCCCAUAAGCGAUAUGCAGAGCCAUCUGGAGUCCCUGGAGCAGAGCUGGCGCCACGCCCGCCCUGAAGUCAAGGAGAGCUACGGGCAGCACUACUUCGACAGCUGCCACAAGCUCACCAGAGAGAUACUCACGACAAAGCCCAGCACCAACCUCUACCUGGUCACCGACUGCAUGGAGCAUGCGCUGACGUCCCGCCACCCCCGCACCCGCUACUCCGGGGGCUGGGACGCCCAGUUCUUCUACAUCCCCCUCUCCUACCUGCCCACGGCCUUGGCGGACUGGGUGCUGACCUGGAGUUGGCCCCGCCCAGCCCAGGCUGUGUAA